GAGUGGAGGCUGUGAGGUAAUAGUGCGCAAGAGGGGGUGGUGGAGAGAAAGCGAGCGCGCGCGUGUGUGAGAGAGACUGGAUAUAGGACAGGCAUCAAACGAAAGCUCUCCUGCAGACUGGUCGGGAUCCCUUCGGCCCCUCGGUCCUUCAGACGCAUCAGCAGAGAGUUGCUGAAGACGCUCGGCAUCACAGAGGAAGGGGGAAGAACUGAGACACUCACAGAUCCCGGGCUUGGUGGCUGAAUGCUCAGUUGUCUCCAGCUUGAAGAAGAACAUCUGUACUAAUCAGCAGGAAUCAUGGAUUUUGUAAUGAAGCAAGCUCUAGGUGGGGCCACCAAAGACAUGGGUAAGAUGUUAGGCGGGGAGGAGGAGAAGGACCCGGAUGCAGCCAAGAAGGAGGAGGAGCGACAGGAGGCGCUGAGGCAGCAGGAGGAGGAGAGGAAGGCAAAACACGCCCGCAUGGAGGCAGAGAGGGAAAAAGUACGGCAGACCAUCAGGGACAAGUAUGGGUUAAAAAAGAAGGAAGAGAAGGAGGCAGAGGAAAAAGCGGCCAUGGAGCAAGCCUGCGAGGGAUCGCUGACACGCCCGAAGAAAGCGAUUCCGCGAGGCUGCGGAGAUGAUGAUGAGGAAGACGAAGAGAGCAUCCUUGACACCGUCCUCAAGUUUCUGCCUGGACCUCUACAGGACAUGUUCAAGAAGUAAAACUAAAAAACACAAAACAAAUCAAAUGAACCCUAAAAUCAGGGUCCGGUCUGGCAUGGGUGAGGCUGCGGGGCAGAGGGAGGAAGGGUUCUUUGGGUUAACUGAAAAGAGACUGAGGAAAUUAUUUGUUGGGGUUUGAGUGUAGAUUCGGGGCAUGUUGAGGUUCUUGGGAUCACAAUGAAUUUGGGGAAGGGGGGGGGGUGUCCUCGUCAAACUGUUAGAGGCUACACACUGCCUUUGUAGAGAACCUUUACUUUGCUUUUUCUACUCUUUGAUGACAGUGUCAUUCUUCCUCUUUUCUUUACCGCAGUAGUUGUAAAACUUUCACAUUUCUUACACCUGAGUUGUUUUGCACUUGUUCACGCCCAUUAAGAACAGACGGAGCAUGGCCAUCGUGGAGAACAGCAUUGGACGACAGUGGAUUCGUGUCUGCUUACUUUUGUGUUUAAAUGGCACUUCCACCGCGUUUUCCAGUUGAUGGAGCAUGUUCUGUUUAAAUCAAUGGGUGUUUUCGACUUUUACAAACCUCGUGUAGACCUUUAUAGUACAAGAAAUCAACAAUUGAGUUUUUAGGACACGUGCCUUCAUAUCAUCUCCUCUAGCAAAGGAAUUGUAAAUGAGGGUUUCAUUUUGAGUCAAUGCUGUUGGUAGCAUGUAGGCACUCGUUCAAAGAUACAAGACUGGACAAUUUUGGAAUAACGUAUUUGAUAUUAGGAUUUCUAGUGGGCAUAUAUGGUUGAUGAUGGUGCCAAUGUUCAAAGCAUCCAAACUUGUGGAAAUGCCAGAAUAAAUCCAAAACAUUAAAAUAUGAUUUGUAAUUCCUUUUAAGAUCAAAAGCUUCCAAAAAAAAAAAACGGUCUGCGAAAAAUAGGAUAAAAAAAGAGAUCCCUUCUGCUUCCACCUCUAGUUUUACAAGAGCUUUUCUAAUCUGGUCAGCUGAUUAGACUGCGACUACGUUUUGACAGAAGAGAAACUUUACAGCUUAAACAUUUUAAAAACUCAUGUCAACGUGUGAAUUUUCAUUCAUCAUAAGCUAACAGACCAAGUUGUCAUCAUUUAGGUGGUGUGGGUGCCAUAGACAAUCAGAGCAUUGACCAAUGGGAUACUGGGGGUUGCUGGUACAUGCUUUCAUCUCCACUAGCAACGGGUUGAUUUGGUUAUUAAGCACUUGAUUAACUUAUUGGUGUUUUUCACACUUUCAUUAACGUGCUGAAAUUGAAAUUGACUUCACAUCCCACCUGAGCUAACCUUUUCCUUCAUCUUUUAAUGUACAAAUCUACCUUGACUGUCACUCAUCGACAUCCAGACCAAAGAAAUGCUGGUAAGACCUUAUUUCUUUCGUCAUAAACAAAGACAUGCAUGUGUAACUUUUAUUUUCAAUCAAACGUGCCAGGCCUGCAGAAGACACACAGCAAGCUCGUUCAGCGCGUGCAUGCAUCCCAGGGACCGCCGCUAAGCUAAAACCGAUGCUCUGUUUCUUCCUCAAAGGUAUUCCAUAAUUAAUAGGUAAUGUUACCGUAGACUGAGCCUGGGAUAACUGGUCUGUGAGUUGUUGUGUCUCACUGCCUAAAGAGCCUACUAAUAUUCUGCAUCCUGCAUCAGUUAAUCCAACUAAUAUCAUAGUGAUUUGUCAUGUUCAAAUAGGUGUACUGUAGAUGAAAACAAAAUCUAUUCACUAUGUGGACAUUAAUCAAUAAAACAAAGCAUGUUGGUUAUUCUUAAAAGACCCAAUGACGUUUCAGUGGUUAGUGAUGGAACAAUGUACUGUCCGUACAUUGUUCCAGGAGUCUGUGACUUAGAACAACUUUAGGGAUUAUUAGGACCAUUGAUAAAGUUGGCAUAAACACCAUAAAACACCUUUUUCAGUUUUUUUAUUAUUAUUAUUUUUCUAGCUCAGAUAGGAAUUUUCACUAGACAAAGCCAUACUGUUUAGAUUGCAAUAAAAAUUCUAUAAAGAGAAUAUUUCAAGUUCAAUGUCUCAUGUUUGUUUUCCCGUAAAAAAAGAAAAGAAGCGAAAAAAAGGAAUAAAUUUGUUUGUAAAUCCUUACCAUUCUUGUAUCUUUAAACAUGUAGACAAAGAAAAUGUAUGUAGAAAAAAAGCCAUUGUUCUGUCUCAGUGUGCAACACGUGUACUGUAAGUGUGUGUGUGUUUAGAUGUGUGCGUCUUUCUAUGUGUCUGUGAUGUGAGAUCAUGUUGUUGAUCCAUAUAGUCCUGGUUUAUACCGUGUAAGUGUGUCUUUGAGCUAUUUUUGUGCCAUGUCUAAAAAGAAGAAUACUUAACACAUUCCUUUCAGAUGUUGAGCAUGCAAUGUUUGGUAGAGAAUACACCAAAUUAACCCAAAUAUGAAAAAAUAAACAACUCCCCGUUUCUGUAGGAGUCUCCAGGCAACAGAAUCUGUGCAUUGUAUCCAGAGAGAUUGAACUGGAGAGUGUUGGAGAUUAUUAGCUGUCAGUAAAGACGUGGUCAAAGAAAAACACACAAAAAAUAGAAACUGUAUUUUAUUUUAAGAAAAUGUACCACAGGGGCAUUGAAACAACAUUUAUGUAUAAAAUAGGAUUCUUUGAGUCUCCUAUUUAAAAACUGCUCUAAAACUAAACUUUCACAGCCCAUUACACAGCCAUGCCAUAACAUGUUUAAGUGGGAUGAAGUUCAGAGUUUAUUCCCAGCUGUUCAUCGGCUGGACAGCUUUCCUGCAAAUACACUGGAUUUGUCAGAUACGUGUGCGUGUUCUCCUCUUUGUCAGCCCGUAACUGGGGACGUGUUUAGGCAUGCCAAAAAUGCCACUGUCAUAUUACUACAAAUCAAGCUUACAGGACAAAUAAAAAUAUUUGUAUUCAAAUUGGCACGUGCAUGUGUGGCAUAUCUUCUACUACUGUGGGUCAUGCAUUCAGCCGGUGUUUUCCAGAAAACACAAAGUAGGGCAAAUCAUUUGCCUGGUUAAGUCAUUUAAACUUGUGCCAGCAAGAGUGAAAAAAAAAAUCUUUGACUUCAGCUUAAAGAAAUCAGUCCUGAGAUAAAUUUAAGUGGACUUGCAAUGACCUCAAAAAAAAAUCUUGGACUGGGGAUCAUUCUAGAGGAUGGUUGGUAGUGCAGUGGGCUUCAGUUAGGUGGCAUGAGGAACAUCAUCUUGAUAGUUUUGAUUAUUUACAUUAAAAAAUGAUUCCCACAUCACCCAAAGCCAGGCCAUGUGCACCUCUGCGAGAACAGAGUAAGCCCCCCACCAUAGCGGGUAGAAUUAUGGACAUGGCUUUGGUUACUGGCCCUUCAUGGAAACUACAGCCAUACAUCCUCUGUAUGUAAAAUAGUCUCUCAGCGGGACUCGUUUCGAGGCAUCACAGCAUGUGAAUUGCCUUUGAAAAGGGCUAUUGCCAUGUCAUCUUUACGUCAGGUAAGCGGUAACUCAUCUGUCGCACCUGUGCGUGUCCGUGCGUGAUGUGCAGCUGUUUGAACUCAUUCUGGUUGCAUGAUAUACACUUGUUUGUGGAGCUGUUCAGUUUAACAAAAUCCUUGGUUUCAUAGAUGAAAGUGUAAAAGCGAAGAGUUUUUUUUUUCUUUAUUAUACACAGAAUAAUCCAGAUUUUUUUUUUUUUUUUUACAGGGAAUACUUAAAAAGUUAUGGUAAAAUAGAAAUAAAUGUAGGUGAAUGAGAGCAAUGAAAAUUAUACAUGAAAGGUCUCAGAUGCUUUAAAAAGUCCAUCAAGUCCUGGCUGAUAUUUCUCUGAAACAUCUUAACUCAGAUGGAACUGUUUUUAUCGGAGACUGCGUCUGAAGACCUGGAUGAUCAAAUUCUGUUGUCAGGAGCCCAGAAACAUUAGAUAUACAUAAUAGGCUUGGAACUGCCAUUUAAAACCACAGUCCACCACCCCUACACCCCCGUGUUUGGUGAUUUCUCGUGACUAUUAGAAAAUGACAGCACAAAGAAUCCAUACCGACAGAGUCCAAAAGACAUGCCAUAGAUGUUUACAUCCUAAAUACAACUUUAUUAAGUGUAAUGAAUGAUAGAGAUGGAGAGAAUAUCUUAGAAUUAACCUAAACUUUAUUGUUCAAUCAACUCCGAGGCUGGACUUUGUGAAAGAUGUCAUAACAUUUGUCUUGUUUGUAACAUUUUCACAUAAGCUUAUGCAUAUGAACUGCCCUGCUGAAUCCUGCCAGUGACUGUAGAAAUGAAAGUGAAUGUGUUGUACUUAAUACUUAGUCACCGAGUUUACUUGUGAACUGGUGAACUCUCAUUAGCUGUAACUGUGAACAGAAAUACAUUCCUGACUUUUUUGGCAUUUGCACUAGGAUAAGUUGAAAUGUUAUACUGGCAACUGCUAUGGCAUCUACUUUCCAUGACAGUUUACUUUACCUUCCUGCCAGCCUUCUGAAUGCUACAUUAGAAGGGCUCUAGUGAUAUUCGCCAGGUUAUUGAUUAUGUGACCUUGUUCUGGUCACCACUCAUGCUGUCUUUACUGUCUGAGAAGCAGACUCCAUCUGGGGAGAGAAUGGCGUGAUGAUCACCGGAAACUGCUGAUAAGAAAAUUUGUAAGGAAGUGAAAAAAACCGUUUUUAAAAAAAUCUCCAAAAGUCUAAACGAGAGGGUUUUUAUUUUUAAUUCAGGUUGAAUAAUGACUCAUUUCAGGGGGCAGAGGUUAAGAAUGUAAAAUAUGAGUUCUUAUGUUGUUGUUUUUUUUCUUUAAUUGCAUGUCAUAUACUCUUAUGUGGAGCCCGAUCACUGUAAAACUGUCAUCUAUGGAACGGAAACAUCCUUUUUGGAAAUUUAAUGCAUAAGACUAAUAAAAACAAAGGUUUAUUAAAAAAAA